ACCGCAAACAACAAUGUCGAACAAGCUUAUGAGACCGAUCCUUCUAAAGGGUCACGAACGUCCUCUUACUCAGGUCAAGUUCAACAGAGAGGGUGACCUGAUUUUCUCCUCUGCCAAGGAUUACCAGGUCUGUCUAUGGUACUCUGCCAACGGUGAGAGACUUGGGACCUACGAUGGACACAAAGGUUCUGUCUGGUCUGUCGACAUCGACUCUACUUCCAACUACUUGAUCACAGCCAGUGCAGACUUUUCUGGUAAGCUUUGGAAAGCCGAGACUGGUGAGUGCAUUUACACUUGGAACUUCGAAUCUCCCGUCAAGAGGGUGGAAUACUCCCCGGACUGCAAGAAAGUUUUUUUUAUCACAGACCACGUCAUGGGCAAGCAAGGUAAAAUCCAGAUAUUCGACAUCGACUUCACAAAGCCAGAGCAGGAGUCUAAGCCAAUACUAGAAAUCAUCAACGAGGGUGAUGCGACAACUAAACCAACUACCGCGACAUGGUCUUACGCUGGCAAACACAUUAUCGCCGGUCAUGCAGACGGCAGCAUCUCCAAAUAUGAUUCCACCACUGGUGAACAGUUGGAAUACUCCACCCCUUUCAAAAAGACCAUCACAGAUAUCCAGACUUCUAGCGACAGAACUUAUUUCGUUGCGUCUUCUAAGGAUCAGACUGCCAAGCUGUUUGACAUCGACAGCUGGAAGUUACUCAAAGAAUAUGAAUCCGAGUCUCCUGUCAAUGCCGCUUGUAUUACACCUGUCAAAGACUAUAUCAUUCUCGGAGGUGGUCAAGAUGCAAGAGAUGUCACCACCACGGGAGCUGGUGAAGGUAAGUUCGACGCCAAGAUCUUUCACAAAAUUUUCAUGGACGUGAUUGGUAGAGUCAAGGGUCAUUUUGGUCCUUUGAACUGUAUUGCAAUUCACCCUGAGGGUACUUCUUACGUCUCUGGAGGAGAAGACGGUUUUAUCAGAUUGCACCACCUGCCUAAGUCCUACUUUGAGUUUCAAUACGAGGUCGAAAAAACUGCAGAGGCACUGCAACACCAAAACGCUUCUUCUUCGUCUUCUGGAAAUGAGCAGAUAGAAGCUUCUGCUUGAUCGGCAAGCCCUGAGAUGAUCAAAAAAAAAAAUCAAAAAAAUUAACGAUAGGCACAUCUUGUAUAGAUAAAUAGAUAGGGUCUUUGUGUUUCUCUUUUCUCCUCAUACUCUAGUUUUUAUAUUCUUUUCUUCAACAAUAAAUGUCAGAAAAAAUCGGAAGU